CACCACCAUCACCAACAACAACAAAAACAACAUUCUCGUCGAGUGUCGUCUUCGCAGCCGCCGCAAAAAACAGAAGAACAGUGAAGCCUGUGCCGCAUGCAUACCUUUAAUUUAUUACAAACAUUGUUUUUAUUUUAAAUAAUGGAUCGUCGUGCAUUGAAGUUUAUGCAAAAAAGAGCGGACACUGAAAGCGACAAUCCAACAGCCCCGGGGAAUCCGACUGGAAACUCAGGAAACACUCCAGUUGCCACUCAACCCCUUAAGGAUAACUCCAAUAUCCGCGAGAAGCCGCUCCACAACAACAACAAUAAUAAUAAUAAUAAUAAUAAUAAUAAUAAUAAUAACAACAACAACAAUAGUGGUAAUCCUCACCAGCAACAACAACAAAGGCCACUCAAGUGCCUGGAAACUCUCGCCCAAAAGGCGGGCAUCACCUUUGACGAAAAAUACGAUGUGGCCAGUCCCCCCCAUCCCGGUAUUGCCCAGGCACAGACACCAGGAUCGGGAACCGGAUCAGCACCAGCAUCAGCACCAACAACACCAACAACAACACAAUCAGCUACUGGAAAACUUACUCCAACCAAUCAUCGCCAGCGUCACAACCAAACGCCCAGCACCCCCAACACCAACUCCAACUCCAAUUCCAACUCCCAACUGCCCACCCGUCACAGCCUCACGCUGGAGAAGUCCCAGAAUCCGGGUCAGCAGGUGGCGACCACCGCCACGGUGCCACUUCAGAUACUCCCAGAGCAACUGCAGCAGUUUUACGCCAGUAAUCCCUAUGCCAUCCAUGUGAAGCAGGAGUUUCCCAGCGCUGGCGGCGGAGGAGCCGGCACAGAACUGAAGCAUGCCACGAAUAUCCUGGACGUGCAACAGCACAUGCAACUGCAGCAGCAGCUCUCCGAUGCGGCCAGCGGGGCGGCUGGAGGAGCAGGUGGCGCGACUGCGGGAGGCGGUGGAGCGGCCGGAGGAGCUCCUAGUCCGGCCAAUGCCCAGAAUGCCCAGCAGCAGCAGUCCACUGCCAUCAGCACCAUGUCGCCCAUGCAGCUGACCGCCGGCGGAGUGGGCGGGGACUGGGCCCAGGGCCGGGCUGUCCAGUUGAUGCAGCCCUCCACACAGUUCCUCUACCCGCAGAUGUUCGUAUCCGGGAACCUGCUUCAUCCGGGCAGCCUCGGGCAGCAGCCCAUCCAGGUGAUAACGGCGGGGAAACCUUUUCAGGGCAAUGCCCCCCAGAUGAUCGCCACCACCACCCAGAACGCCAAGCAGAUGAUCCAGGCGGCAGGCCAGGCGGGAUUUGCGGGAGGGGCCUACGCCUCGUGCAUCCCCUCGCUCCCGUCCCUCCACUCCACCUCCACCCACAACCAGUCGCCCCAGACGCUGCUCAUCUCGCCCGUGAACGUCAUCUCCCCCUCCCCCCAGCAGCAGCAGAACCUCCUCCAGUCGAUGGCCGCCGCCCAGCAGCAGCUCUCGCAGCAGCAGCAGCAACAACAACAACAACAACAGCAGCAACUCACGCAGCAGCAGCAACAGCAGCAGCUGACGGCCGCCCUCGCCAAGGUGGGCGUGGACGCGCAGGGCAAGCUGGCCCAGAAGGUGGUCCAGAAGGUGACCACCACGAGUAGCACCGUGCAGGCCACAGCCGGCGGAGCAGGAGUGGGUGUGGGACAGGCUGGUGCCACCCAGGCCCAACAGGUGCAGCAGGUGCAGCAGCAGCAGCAGCAGACCACCCAGACCACGCAGCAGUGCGUCCAGGUCUCGCAGUCCACCCUCCCGGGGGUGGCCCAGUCGGUGCAGGCGGCCCAGCUCCUGAAUCCCGGCCAGGCACAGCAGAUGCAGAUACCCUGGUUCUGGCAGAACGGCGCCGGACUCCAGCCCUUCGGAGCCAAUCCCAUCAUCCUGAGGGGGCAGCCGGACGGCACGUCGGGGAUGUUCAUUCAGCAGCCGACGACGCAGACGCUCCAGACGCAGCAGAACCAGAUCAUCCAGUGCAAUGUGACCCAGACUCCGACCAAGGCGCGCACCCAGCUGGACGCACUGGCUCCGAAGCAGCAGCAGGCGGGGAACAGCAACCAGGCGCAGCAGCAGCAGCUGGCGGUGGCCACUGCCCAGUUGCAGCAGCAGCAGCAGCAGCUGACGGCCCUCCGAGCAGGGGCUCCCGUGAUGCCCCACAACGGCACCCAGGUGCGUCCGGCCAGCUCCGUCUCCACCCAGACGGCCCAGAACCAGAGCCUGCUGAAGGCCAAGAUGCGGACCAAGCAGACGCCGGUGCGCCCGGCCCUGCCCACCCUGAAGACGGAGAACGGGCAGGUGGCGGGUCAGAACAAGGUGGUGGGUCACCUGGCCACAGUGCAGCAGCAGCAGGCGGUGGCGGCGGCCAAUCUCCAGCAGGUGGUCAACUCCGCGGGCAACAAAAUGGUGGUCAUGAGUACGACGGGCACUCCGAUUACGCUCCAGAAUGGCCAGACCCUGCAUGCCGCCACUGCGGCCGGAGUGGAGAAGCAGCAGCAGCAGCUGCAGCUCAUCCAGAAGCAGCAACUGUUGCAGCAGCAGAUCUUCCAGCAGCAGAUAGCCGCCCUCCAGAACCAGCAGCAGGCGGCGGCCCAGGCCCAGCAGCAGCAGCAACAGCAGCAGCAGCAGCAGCAGCACAACCUAAUCCAGCAGAUUGUGAUGCAGCAGGCGGCGGGAGCGGGUGGAGCCAACUCGCAGCAGCAGCAGGCCCAGGCGGGGCAGUUGCAGCUGAGCGGGGUGCCGUUCUCUGUCUCAUCUCCGACGACUCCGGCCGGCAUAGCCACCUCCAGUGCCCUGCAGGCGGCGCUCUCUGCAUCUGGGACGCUCUUCCAGACCAGCAAGUUGGCCACAGCCAGCUCCUCGCUGCCCACCAGCAGCGUCGUGACCAUUUCCAACCAGAGCACCACUCCCCUGGUCACCAGCAGCACGGUGACGACUCUUCAGCAGGCACAGGCCCAGGCCCAGGCGCAAGCUCAGGCCCAAGCACAGGCGCAGGCUCAGGCACAGCUCCAGCAGCAGCAACAGCAGCUCCUCUCCGCCAGCAUUGCGGCAGCGACUCAGCAGCAGCAGCAACAACAACAACAACAACAGCAGCAGCAGCAGCAGUCGCAGGGAGCAGGAACGCUCACCCAGAACACCAAUCCCAUCCUGGCCAUGACCUCCAUGAUGAAUGCCACGGUGGGGCACCUUUCCACAGCUCCGCCAGUCACGGUUUCGGUCACGAGUACGGCGGUGACGCCCUCCACUGGCCAGCUGGUCGCCCUGAGUAGUGCCAGCAGCGGAGCGGGAGGAGUGGGGGGCAGUCACCCAGCCACGCCCACCAAGGACACCCCCUCGAAGACUCCCACAGCCACGCUGGUUCCCAUUGACUCUCCGAUGACGCCCAUCGCUGGGCAGGACUCUAAAUCCGGCACUCCUGCGAAUGGAAGUGCCUCCGCGGAGGCGAGCAGUUCCACGGGAGAAGCUCUGCCGAACGGAGAAGCCCCCGAGGUCGGGUCCACGCCCUCCAAGUGCGCUACUCCCACCUCGAACCUCACACCCACCAGCAAGCAGAGGAGCAGCACUCCCGGCGGCAAGGAGGAGGUGAAGGUGUCCACUGCCACCAGUGGAACGACCACCACGUCCACCCCCACCACAUCCACCGUCUCCAACGGCAUUGGUCUGGCUCGGAGCACGGGCAGCAGCACUGUUACCACCACUAGCACCACUACCACCACCAGCUGCGCCAUCACCACCACCACCACGACCAGCAGCCUCAAUGGAGGCAAGGAUCUGCCCAAGGCGUUGAUCAAGCCGAACACACUGACCCACGUCAUUGACGGGUUCAUCAUCCAGGAGGCCAACGAGCCCUUCCCAGUCACCCGGCAGCGCUACGCCGACAAGGACAUCCAGGACGAGCCUCCCAAGAAAAAGGCCGCCAUGCAGGAGGACAUCAAGCCGAGUGGAAUUGCCAGCGCCACGCCCCCUCCGGCGGACAUCGUGGCCUGCGAGCAGUGCGGCAAGCUGGAGCACAAGACCAAGCUGAAGAAGAAGCGCUUCUGCUCGCCGGCAUGUGCCCGGCAGGCGAAGAACGGAGUCGUCAGCGCCAUGGAGACCAAUGGACUUGGCACCGGCGGCAUAGUCGCCGUGGAUGCCAUGGCUCUGGUGGACAAACUGGACGAGGCCGUGGCCAAGGCAAAGAUGCAGGCCGACGCCCUAAAGCCUUCGGUUCCGGCGGAGGUGCCGACGAUCCUCCCGCCAGUGCUGGCUCCUGCCUCUCUUCCCCCGCCCCUUGGAUCGCCCCUGCCAGUGGCCUUGCCAGCUCCCAUACCACAACCUCCACCUCUACUGCCUCCAGCGCCCACUGGGGUGGUUACUCUGGCCAAUACAGCCAUAUCCUCGUCCGUAGUUAAUGGAUCGGCGGCUCCAGAUCGACCUCCGAUUAGUAGCUGGACGGUGGAUGAGGUGAGCAACUUCAUCCGCGAGCUGACCGGCUGCCAGGACUACGUAGAUGACUUCAUCCAGCAGGAGAUCGACGGGCAGGCGCUGCUGCUCCUCAAGGAGAAGCAUCUGGUGAGCGCCAUGGGCAUGAAGCUCGGCCCCGCCCUCAAGAUCGUGGCCAAGGUGGAGUCCAUGAAGGAAGUGCCGCCUCCCCCAGCCGGAGAAGCCGGCGGCAAGGAAGACGCAGCCAUAUCAGCGGAAUAAGGAAGUCCCGAUCAAGAAUAUAUAUACUUUAGAAUGUAUCCUUUGGAAGGAUAUCCUGCUGCCGACUCCCGCCUCCCCCCAAUCCCCGAAAGCCACAUGUAUGAUAAGCCCACGUCUUGAAAUUGUAUAUAAUUGUUAGAUUUAUUGUGAAGUCUAGAGAGAUAAUGGAUAUAUUUAUUGGAAAAGUCAGGACCCCUACACUGGACAAAAUGAAAUACUUAAAAUAAAAUAUUUUAAAUUGUAUUUUAACUUAAUUAAUUAACUAUAAUUAACUAAUAACAGAGUGUACUGCUAAAUGAAAUUUAAUACUAUAUUAGG